AUGUUCUGGCAUAUUUUUAAAGGGAAGUUCCAUAGGACACCACCCGCGCGCGGCAAGAGAGCAAAGACUUCGAACCUCGCUCAAGCCAACAUGCUGAUGAUGCUGAACCAAACGAUCCAGGCGAUGCUGAGGGAAGGUUGCCCCAGGCUCUUAGUGGAUGACACCGAUUUUGUCACAUCGGUGAGAUGGUGUGAUGGAUUGCCCGACCUAUUCCGGCCACUAGCUUCGCUUUGCCCCGAAACGUGUGGAUGCAAAGCAAGCUUUUCGGCCUCUUGCCCCCCGCGUUGCCAGCUUGAGCUGCAUAAUUCAAGCAAUGCCUCGUCUUCGUAG